GCCGUCCUAUAAAACAUGCACUCAGGCCCUCGCAGAGGAGACGUUCCCAUCAGGAAACCUUCACUUCCAACCAUGUUCAGUGUAGUUGUGCUGCUGCUGGCCGCUGUUUCCAGUGCCAAGUGUGAACAGUUGACCCAGCCGGCCGAUCUGACUCUGCGGUCUGGUGAGGAGAUGAACAUCGCCUGUCAGGUGUCUUAUAGUUUGCGCAACUACUACACUGGUUGGGUCAGGCAGCCUGCUGGGAAAGGACUGGAAUGGAUCGGGACCAGAAGGGACGGAUCUGGUUAUUAUUACCGCAAGGAGUCCCUGAAAACCAAGUUCAGUAUUGAACUAAACCCGUCCAGCCAAACAGUAACCCUAAACGGAAAGAAUAUGCAGCCCGAAGACUCGGCUGUGUAUUAUUGCGCCAGAGGUACAUACUUCGUCGACUGGGGCCAAGGAACCCGAGUCACUGUUACAUCUGGUACACCGAUCAGACCGAGCGUCUUUCCUCUGAUCCAAUGUGGCUCCGGAGACACGUUUAGUCUGGGCUGUCUGGCCACCGGCUUCUCACCCUCUCCACUGACCUUCUCGUGGAGCAAAGACGGAACCGUCUUGACUGAUGUCAUCCAGUAUCCUUCAGUAGACAACAACAGAAUCUAUACGGGAGUCAGUCGAAUCCAAGUGAGGAGAGCCGACUGGGAGAACCAGGCCAAAUUUCGAUGCGUUGCCAAACAUUCAGCGGCGGAUGUUGAAGUGAUAUUCGACAAACCAGAAGUUCCGGCAGCGACGACCGCGCCUCCGGACGUCACUCCAGAAAUGACAUUAUAUCCGCUAUGGGAGGAUAAAUCGGGAGCCCCCAAGGUCAAACUUUUGUGCCUCAUCAGCGGCGCCUUUCCAAUCACGACGAGCGUCCAGUGGCUACGGGACGACCGAAAGGUAGCUGCCGCCCAGACCGGGACCUUUCAGCCUGCGGUGGCAGGAGCCAAAACCUUCACCCUCAUCAGCAAGAUGGAGCCCAGCGAGAGAGAGUGGAAAAGCGGCUCUAAUUUUACGUGCAGGUGGAUCGGAGGCAAGGAAGAAAUGCAAAGGUCCAUCAGCAUUUGUGAAACUCAGGCAAACGGCGCUCCUUCCAUUCACGUGGAGCCUCCCAGCUUCAAAGCCGUGAUGACGGAAGGAUCCCCACCCGAAGCGGUUUGUCGGGUUCGCACCGCGUUGGCUGCCGCCGUCACCUUGCUGGCGGAGGGCGCCGGCGCCACUCUUGAGCAGGCCGGCCGGCGGCGCAACGCGUCUCACAUGGUCAGCGUUCUGACACUAUCGCCAGAUCAGUGGAAACAAAUAAAGUGGCUCACAUGUAAAGUGGAGCACCGCUGCUUCUCGGACAUCAAGGAGAGAGUCCCUGUCCCAGAGUCGGCGGUCGUCAAGGCUCCGUCGGUGGUCGUCAGGCGAUCGCUUGCCGAUUUGCAGACGGAAGACGGGGCUGUGUUUGAAUGCCACGUCACGCCACUCGACCCCGUCGACCUCUACGUCAGCCUACAGGCUGACGGCGUGGAUGUUUCCGACAAACGCUUCGUCGCCCUCUCCGACGCCCCCAGCGGCCAUUCCAUCAGUCCGCCUUUCAGUUUGCCCAAGUCUUUGACCAAGGAGGACGCACGUUUGACCUGUAAGGUGAAUCAAGGCUUCUCAGGCGUCUUCAAGUCAAAGCCCUUGGACGGCAUUUUCGCGGAACCGUCGGUGGAGCUCUUCCUGGUCACGGGUCAAGAGUCAAAAACUCAGCGACUCCUUUGCUCUGGAUGGGGCUUCAAGCCUCAGAUCACGUGGUUGAGCGGAUCUGAGAAAAGACCUCCGUCGAGGACCUCCGACUUCAGCAUGAGUGCGGAUGGACGCGUGGCUGUUGCCAGUCAACUGGACGUCGACCGAGAAGAGUGGCAAAGUGGCAAACUCUUCACUUGUCAAGUGUCGGACGCGUGGCUGGAGAGAACUUCCACAAGUGCCGUCAAUUUCUGCUCAGCCAUCCCAUCACGGGCUCAAAAGGUCGCAGUGUACGUUCAAGGACCGCCGCUCACAGAGUCGCCGCAGAGCCAUCACGUGGACGUCACGUGCCUUUUGGUCGGCGUUCAUCUUGAGCAUUUCUCCAUCUCCUGGAAAGUAGAUGGGAAGGAAUAUCUGCACAAUUCCCACACGGAGACGCCGAGCGUUCACGACAACGGCACCGAGACGCUUCGGAGCUCCCUCAGGGUGUUAACCAGUGACUGGGAGGCAUAUAAACAAGUUUCCUGCCAGGGGACGCACAAGUGCUCCAAGCGGGGCUACCAGGCCCACGUGAGCAAAAGCAAAGACUGGAGUCGGCCGACAGUGCGCAUCGUCCCGCCGAGCAUGUCCGAGCUGACCGCCUCCGGUGACCUCCCGCUGACUUGCCUGGUUUCUGGAUUUUCCCCAGAUGACAAAAUAGUGUACUGGGAGAAAGAUGGCCAACGAGUGCCACCGGGUUCGUACGCGAACGGCCCGUCGUGGAAAUACCGAAGCGCUUUUUCAAUGAGCAGCACGCUAACAGUAUCCAAGAGUGAAGAUCGGGGAUCCGCUUAUUCUUGUCGGGUCAGACACGAGUCGUCAAAAACACCUUUUGGGAGCACGAUUGAGGAUGUCUUUGCCGCGGUGACCCCCAGCCGACCGUCCGCCAUCUUGCUGCGGGGUUCGGGCGAACUGGUGUGCCUGGUCUUCGGCUUCAGUCCGCCGGCCAUCGACGUCUCCUGGUUUCUCGAUGACGCCGACGAGCUGUCGUACUCCAACACCAGUCAACCCAGCAGAGGCCCAGACGGGAAAUUCAGCCUCCGGAGCCGCCUACGUUUGACCCCAGUCGACCUGUUACCCGGCGCCGUCCACACCUGUCGGGUGACCCAUGCCACCCUCACGCUGAACUUGAACAUAACAAAUCCAGUGAUUUUGCCAGAUUGCAACGUAUUGGACGACAUUGCCGAUGCGGUUGUCAAUCAAGAUAUCAAUGUGGAAAGUUGGUACAUGUCCGCCACGUUCCUCGUGCUUUUCCUCAUCUCCAGCAUCUACGGCGUCUUGGCCACACUGGUUAAGACGAAAUAAUUGCGGCGCCAGAACUGACACUAUUGGAUUCUUCUAACGGAGAUGGUUGCUGAUGGCAGAGGAGAUACGUAGUAUUGUGAACCUUUGUCUAUUUUAUACCAUAGAAAUAACUGUAGCUUUUUAUAAAUACUACUUUGAAAACCUGUGAUCUUUUUAUUUUGGUUGUAAAAUACCCAGAGAACAUUGCAGCUCCUGUUAAAUGAAAACAAAUCGGGCACACCACCGCUACCUGCCCUAUCACAUUUGAGUGAUUCGAAAAUAAACAAAUAACUAAAAUGACGCUUCAAUAUUGU